AACAAGGGGAAUUGACAGACUGGAAGCAUGAGUUCAGAUGGCAGCCAAGGCAUAAUCACCACUCCUCCUCCUCCAAGCAUGCCUCACAAAGAGAGAUAUUUUGACCGCAUCGAUGAAAAUGACCCAGAAUACAUCAGGGAGAGGAACAUGUCUCCUGAUCUACGACAAGACUUCAAUAUGAUGGAGCAGAGGAAACGAGUUACUCAGAUCCUGCAGAGUCCUGCCUUUCGGGAAGAUCUGGAAUGCCUUAUUCAAGAACAGAUGAAGAAAGGCCACAACCCAACUGGAUUACUAGCAUUACAACAGAUUGCAGAUUACAUCAUGGCCAAUUCUUUCUCUGGCUUUACUUCAUCUCCCCUCAGUCUUGGCAUGGUCACACCUAUCAAUGACCUUCCUGGUGCAGAUACAUCCUCAUAUGUGAAGGGAGAAAAACUCACUCGUUGUAAACUUGCCAGCCUAUACAGACUUGUGGACUUAUUUGGAUGGGCACACCUGGCAAAUACAUAUAUCUCAGUAAGAAUAAGUAAGGAGCAAGACCACAUUGUAAUAAUUCCUAGAGGAUUAUCUUUUUCUGAAGCCACAGCCUCUAACUUGGUGAAAGUCAAUAUAAUAGGAGAAGUAGUAGAUCAGGGAAGUACUAAUUUGAAAAUUGACCAUACAGGAUUCAGUCCGCAUGCUGCAAUCUAUUCUACUCGUCCUGAUCUUAAGUGUGUGAUACAUAUCCAUACCCUUGCAACAGCAGCUGUAUCCUCCAUGAAGUGUGGCAUCCUUCCAAUUUCUCAAGAGUCCCUGAUCCUGGGAGAUGUCGCCUCUGACUACCAAGGGUCACUUGAUGAACAGGAGGAGAGAAUUCAACUGCAGAAAGUUCUAGGGCCAAGUUGUAAGGUGCUGGUACUCAGGAAUCAUGGUGUGGUAGCACUUGGAGAAACAGUUGAGGAAGCUUUUCACUAUAUUUUUAAUGUACAGAUAGCCUGUGAAAUUCAGGUACAGGCAUUAGCAGGGACAGGUGGAGUAGACAAUCUACUUGUACUGGAUCUUCAGAAGUACAAAGCUUUCACUUACAAUGUAGCAGCAUCUGGAGGAGGAGGUGUGAAUAUGAGUGCCCAUCAAAAAUGGAAGGUUGGUGAGAUUGAGUUUGAAGGCCUGAUGAGGACCCUGGACAAUUUGGGGUAUAGAACAGGCUAUGUUUACAGGCAUCCUCUCAUUCGAGAGAAGCCUAGGCACAAGAGUGAUGUGGAAAUCCCGGCAACUGUGACUGCCUUUUCCUUUGAAGAUGAUACAGUGCCACUUUCUCCUCUCAAAUACAUGGCACAGAGACAGCAACGUGAAAAGACAAGAUGGCUGAACUCACCAAACACGUACAUGAAAGUGAAUGUGCCCGAGGAGUCUCGGAAUGGGGAAACCAGUCCCAGGACCAAAAUCACACGGAUGAAAGUGGAGGACUCUUCUAAAAUUAGUGGUGGAACACCUAUCAAAAUCGAAGAUCCAAAUCAGUUUGUUCCUUUAAACACAAACCCGAACGAGGUACUAGAAAAGAGAAAUAAGAUUCGCGAACAAAACCGAUAUGACUUAAAAACAGCAGGACCACAGUCUCAGCUGCUUGCUGGAAUUGUUGUGGAUAAGCCUCCUUCAACCAUGCAAUUUGAAGAUGAUGAUCAUGCCCCACCAGCUCCUCCUAACCCCUUCAGUCAUCUCACAGAAGAAGAACUUGAGGAGUAUAAGAAGACAAUCGAACGUAAACAGCAAGGCCUGGAAGAAAACCAUGAGCUGUUUUCCAAGAGCUUCAUCUCCAUGGAAGUGCCUGUCAUGGUAGUGAAUGGCAAGGAUGAUAUGCAUGAUGCUGAAGAUGAGCUUGCUGAGCGAGUGAGUAGGCUAACUACCAGCACGACUAUAGAGAACAUCGAGAUUACCAUUAAGUCUCCAGAAAAAAUUGAAGAAAUCCUGUCACCGGAAGGCUCACCUUCAAAAUCACCAUCCAAGAAAAAGAAGAAAUUCCGCACUCCCUCUUUUCUGAAAAAGAACAAAAAAAAGGAGAAAGUUGAAGCCUAAGUAAAGUCUUUUUAAAAUU